GUGUGUGUGUGUGUGUAUGUAGAAACUCUGUGGGGCGUCCCACAUUCAUUAAGGAUGUUUAGAAUAUGGCACAUAGAUUGCAGAUUCGACAAGAUUGUUUCUAAACCCUUAAUAAUAUUUCAAAAACUCUGCAAUAAGUGGCAAUACAUACACAGGAAACCAUUAGAUACACACACACACACACGCGCUCAAACACACACAUGCAUAUGAUCAGAUAUUCACACUUGUGCUUUCAUUAUGUUUCUCCUUCCACUUUUACUACUACUACGACUACUACUACAUAUACUUGAACAUCUUUCCUUCUUUUUCUUCUUCUCUUUGCUCUCACACCCACAUCCACCCCGUUACGUUACCGUUACCGUUACCGUUACUUAUAGUGCACGACAAUUUGGAUUCGGUGUCAAGAGGUUAGGCAACUCUAUACUCUGCCCUCCCCAGAAAGGCACGUAGCCUUUUAGAAUUAUCCCCAUCACCGACCCCACCAAAAGCCAAAAGAAUAAAAACACAAAACAAAACUAGUAGAAGAAAAACCCACAAUCAAAGGGAAAUCCUAAGGAAAGAAGAAGCUAAAAAAGAAAAAAGGGAGCACGCAGCACUUUACUUAAAAGGAGAACUACUUUUGGCACAUAAUCAGGAGGAGUUCAACCGGCAAGAAGUAUGGGUGACUAUCACGAGUUUACGGAUCAAUACAAGGUGCCGGUGAUAGCCAAGCUACUCCAUGCCUUGCCCCACUACAACAUCACGUUCCAUAAGAUCAACAGUACAUUUCGGCCAAAUGAUGAAAUCUAUCUGGAGAGUCUGGGCAUCUUGGGAUCUGUACCGGCCGCUUUGUUAAUUGUAUCAUUGCUGGGAUUACUUUUCUAUCUAAUGACCCGAUGUUGUGACCGUAAACCACGACCUGCGCACUCCAUCACCAGCCUAAAGGUGGCCCUCUCCAUUGUUACCGUUAUGUGCUGUGCGGCAAUCGGUUUGGGCUUAUACGGUAACGAUGAUCUGCAUAAUGGAUUGCUGGAGGUACUCACAGCGGGCCGUAAGGUGGACAAUCUGGUGACUACAAUACGAAAUCAAACGCACAUCCUUGAGAAUACCCUAACGAAUCGGAUUCGCCCUCAAUUGGUGGAAUUGGCGGAUAUAUUUGAUCAACCUGUAUCGAAUCAAACGGCCCUAUCGAAACUAUUUGUAUCCCUAAACAUUGUUCAGGGCAAUGUGACACUAGCAACCAAUGCGGCAAGCGAUAUCCGGCGUCCAUUGAUGGGUAUAUCGAUGACACAUUUUCUCACGCGUGGUGAUCAGUGGGAAUUGAUACGCUGGCCCGGCACGGUGGCUACUCUGGCAUUACUUCUGGUUUUGUGUGCUGUUCUCCUAGUGGGCGUGGCACGACAUUCACGCUGCGCUUUAAUACUAUUUAGCGUUUGUGGUCUAUUGGCCGUAACCGGUUCGUGGCUUAUGUCUGGCCUCUAUCUCUCAUCGUCGGUGGCUGUCGGAGAUUUGUGCAUCAGUCCAGCUGAUUUUCUAGUAUCCACUGCACCGAGAGAUUUGCCCACAAACGUCCUAUUGCACUAUACACAAUGCGAACCGGGCCACACGAAUCCGUUUACCCAACGCCUGAGGGAAUCACAGAAUUCAUUGAACAAUGCCCGUAGUGCCAUGGCGACCGUAAUGAAAAUCUCUUUGGUUCUGUUCAAGUCAUCGGGAUUGCAACCGAAAUUGGGAGCAGUGAAUGCCGAUUUGAAUAGCAGCGAACGAUUGCUCACCCAAUUGACGGCUCUGGUGGAUUGCAAGGCAGUGCAUCACAAUUUUCUAGCCGCUGCCCGUGGACUCUGCGAGGGUGGACUCUUGGGAUUGGUACUGAUGCUAAUUGCCAGCUUUAUAGCUGCCAUUCUAUUGACCAUAAUGGUAUGGGUGGAUUCGCAUACAUGGAUCUAUAUACGCAAACGGAAUGAUUAUGCUCAGGUGGAUGAGCCAUCGUAUAUAUCACAUCCGGCACCGCAAAAUCAUCAACAGAUGAUGAAUGCCGCCAGGACAUUACCCCGGAAUCAUAAUGGGCAUUUUAGUCCGCCCGUAAUCAGUGGAUCGCAUACGCUCCAGCAUCCAAGCAAACGUCAGCAGCACGAGAUGAUGGCCCACGCACACAUCCAGCAGAAUAUGCGAGCCAUGGGCACCCAUACUCUGGGUCGACUGCCAUCGCAUAAUCACAGCCCCACCCACAUGUCCGGUCCCAAUAAUGCAGCAGCAGCCGCCGUCGCCGCCAAUCUACCGCCCACGACACAGGCCCAACAGCAGCAGCAGCAACAGCAGGCACAGCAACAAUUGCAGCAACAGCAAAUGGGAGGACCACAGCAGCCACAGCCCAUAUAUUGUCAUCAUCCUCACAGUCAUCCGCAUGCGCAUCCCCAUCAGCAUCCGCAUACGCAUUCAGCUGCCGCAGUUGCCGCUGCAGUGCAGCAUCAGCAUGCCAUCUAUCAUCAGCAGCAGGCUCAAGCUCAGGCCCAGUAUGGCACCUAUACGACAGCAGCAGCAGCUGCGGCCGCCCAUCAUGCCCAGCACCAUUUGCCGCCCGGCCAGAGUCAGAUAUAUCAGCAGAUACCGGCACAUUUAGCUCCCCAGUUGGCAGCGAAUGGUAAUCCACAUUCAAUCUAUCAGCCACUGGUGGCUGUCAGCCAGGGCUCCAUAUAUGUAUCCAAUUUGGCCACAAUGAGGCGACAGAAUAGCCAGGGCGGACCUCAAAUACCCGCUCAUCAUGUGCAGCAGCCGCCUCCCAAUCCCCACCAUCAGCAACAGCAGCAGCAGCUCCAACAGCAGCAUCAGCAUCCCCAACAGCCGCCGCCACCGUCGCAACAGCAACAGCAGCUGCAUCAAUUGAAAUCCCCACAGCAACAUCCCCAGCAGCAACAGCAGCAGCAGCAGCAUCAUCCACAACCCGAAUCGGAUGUGGUUCCCAUUAGCACCACCAUGGAUACGUCUAUAUAUGAUCGGGACAAGCAGAUCUAUAAGUGCUCCACACUGCGUCAGGGUGGCAAAUUUGAUCCCAAGUAUAAGCCUUCGAUACUGAAUUGUCCAUUGCCGGAGAUACCCAAAGAUGCCGAACAGCCCAAAGUCGAAUCGAUUUAUCAACAGCAGCAACAGGCUCACCAUCAAAACUAUUCCAAAACGCUACAGCGACCACCCAUGAAGCUGCCGCCACAAAUGAAAGCCAUACCACCGCCCCGCAUUGGUACGCCAACGUCGCCACCACCACCACAGGCACCACAGGCCACGCAAAUGCACGACAAUGGCAGCGGGGAUGGGGGCACCAAUGGUGAGGACACAUCUCUGCCACCACCGCCGCUUGAGGCGACCCAGCAAACCCAGCAAACGCCGCCCAAGGCACGUGUCCCAGCGGCGGCGAAUGGCAAAGCCGGCAACGGUCUUGCCCUGCACAAUGGUGGCGGAGCUGUCGCUGGAACAGGCGGCGGUAGCGCAGGUGGUGGCACCACCAACGAUGUGGAUGACGAUGAUUUGCCACCACCGCCGCCAGCGAUAACCGAUGAAAGCAACUACGCUGUCACGGAGUUGUAAGCUGCUGCUAAGAAUAAUUAUAAUAAUAAUAAUGUUGAUGAUGACCCUAGGGUCAGGGCCAGGCCAACACACAAAGCAAAAACAAAAACCACCAAAAACCAAGUGGUCAUCGGGUCUUUUGCGUUUUAACGGAGACUUUUGACGUAAAGUCUUCCACUCAGUCAUAGGAAUUUAUAAAUAUGCUUCUUUUAUUUUGCUCUCUCUAUCUCUAUCUCUCAAACACUCUCUUUUGUCUUUCUAACCCCGCCUCAAAUGGGUGGCGGCGAUUAUUGUGUUCCUUAAUUUGAUUCGCAUAGACGGGAAAACCGAAACCGAAAUCGAAAUCCUUUCCUAAAUGCAUCCUAGAAACCAAAAGUCUCGCGAGAUGGAGCCGAAAACAAAAAAAAAACGAAAACCCAACUAUUGGACUUUUGUAUAUAUAUAUACUAUUAAAUAUAUAUCUAUAAUGCGACAUUUACACUAUACGACAAACAAAACAAACACACACACACACACAAAGAAAAGACAGGCAUAUUUAGAUAUUGGACUUAUAUAUAUAUAUCUACUAUAUAGUCGGUUAUUCUUUUUGAUAAUAGGACAUUUUUACGAAAAACCCAAAAAAAAAAACGAGAAGCGAUCGAAACGUUUCGCACAUUUUUAGAUAAGAAGGCAAAGAAAACUGAAUGAAAAAUCCGAGAGAUACACACAGCCAUAGACACACUACAAUUAUGGGGACAAGAAAACAUAUUGUAUUAUAUAGCGAUUAUUUUAGUAUUCAGAAUCCAGAAUCCUCCCGGAGAACAACAACAACAACAACGUCAAGGCAAAAGAAAAACCACCAAAACAAAAAAAAGAAACUUUUUUUUAUUCUAGUAGUUUGAAAGUUAUAGCAUAUUUAUAUACAUAUAAUAU